AUGUUCUCUAAGCUUGUAAAGAGAUUGCGUCGCGAUAACACGCCCGAAUUGCCGACUGUUGACUUGUGCAAAGAGGAUGCUCUUGCACAAUUGAUGCAUUACGAUACGCAAUUCCUAAUCGAUGACUCUGGCUCGAUGGCCGGUACUAGAUGGAACGAGGCCCGGGAGGCAUUGAUGGGGCUUGCUGAGUAUACUCUCAAGCAUGACCAAGACGGCAUCGAAAUUUUCUUCCUUAAUGACGUGAACAAGGGCGGGUCUGUAAGGAACAAAGAGGAGGUCAGACAGCUCUUUUAUGCUGUCAAACCCAGUGGGAGCACACCCACGGGGCUCCGAAUGGAACAGCUCCUCAUGGCCUACAUAGCAAGGAUCGAGGCUGCCAGGACCAAAUCAGGAGGACAGGAUCCAUUAAACAGUGGUAUCAAGCCACUGAACCUGAUUGUCAUUACCGACGGAGAGCCGACUGACGAUCCCGAGGGUGUUAUUAUUGCUGCUGCUCGCCGACUCGAUGCCGGAAACUUCUCGUUAACCCAGGUCGGCAUUCAGUUCAUCCAAGUUGGGGAUGAUAAGCAUGCUUCGAAAGCUCUCAAGGAACUGGAUAACCACCUGCAUAAGGACAAUAACGUUAGGGACAUUGUCGAUACUCGCCCGUUCACCGGCAAGGAACUCACAACAGAGGUGCUUGUCGCAAUGUUACUGGGCGCCAUCAAUCGCCGCGUUGACCAGAUCAAGAAGCCUGGAAAAGAGUAA